AUGUAUAUCCUCAAGCUUCCUUGGCUCAAUCACAGUGAGGAAUCUCAUAAACAUGAGGUGUACUCUGUUUCUAUAAGCCCAGAUGGCUCGCGCUUAGCGUCUGGAGGACUGGACGGUAACGUCCGUAUAUGGUCCACCAAGGAUAUUCUCAAAUUCAGAGACCCCACGGCCAAACGUGAUGAUGCUAUCUGCCGACCGCUGUGUAGCAUGGCCCGUCACACAGGUGCAGUGACGGUGGUGAGGUUUUCACCGGAUGGCAGAUUCUUAGCGACUGGAUCGGACGAUAAAGUGCUGUUGAUAUGGGAAAGAGAUGAGGAGAACAGACCAGCUUUCGGAGAGCAGAACCUUGAACACUGGACAGUCACGAAAAGAGCGGUGGCUCACGAUAACGACAUUGAGGACAUUGCAUGGGCACCGGACUCGAGUAUAUUGGUAUCCGUGGGGUUGGAUAGAUCGAUCAUCAUUUGGAGCGGCAGCACCUUUGAGAAGAUUAAAAGAUUUGACGUCCAUCAAUCUCAUGUGAAGGGCGUGGUGUUUGACCCUGCAAACAAGUACUUUGCCACCAGUUCAGACGAUCGUUCUGUUAGAAUAUUCAGAUACCACAAGGGUUCUGAGAUAUCCUUCUCCAUUGAAAGAACAGUGUUGAAACCUUUUAAAAAAUCGCCACUUACAACAUACUACAGAAGAAUCUCGUGGUCUCCAGAUGGGCAGUUCAUAGCUGCACCCAAUGCAACAAAUGGACCAGUUACCUCUGUUGCUAUCAUCACGAGAGGAAGUUGGGAUUCGGAUAUCUCUCUAAUAGGUCACGAUUCUCCCUGUGAAGUGGCAAGCUUCUCUCCUGUCUUGUACGAGGUACCUGAUCCUAAUGAUGGUAAGCUCAAAAAAGUGACAUCUAUAUUGGCAACCGCUGGACAGGACAAGAAUCUGGUCAUUUGGGACAAUGCUUAUUCAAGAGCCAUUGCAGUUUUCGAAGAGUUUGCAAUGAAAACCAUAACUGAUCUUUGUUGGAGUCCAGAUGGACUUACCCUCUAUGCCAGUGCGCUUGAUGGAACCAUCUCAGCAAUAAGGUUCGAAGAAGGUGAGCUUGGUACUGUUGUCUCUUCAGAGAAGAAUAACGAGUUACUCAACAAGUAUGGUGUGGACAAGGACAGCAUGGUUUUCCCUGAAAGUACAGAACAGUUAAUACUGGAAGACAAGUCAGAGGAAUUUAGUAAGACUUUAAGCGAGAAGCACAUGGAUCGACUCCUAAGACUGGAGAACACUUCAUCACCAACACCAAAGAAACAGGAACAAAACUACACAAAGUUACAACACAAUUCCGAGGACAGAGCUUCAACUAAACAAGUUACUAAGAGACAGUUGCAGGAUAAGACGAAACUGCACAAAGUUGUGGUUACGAACGGUAAGAAGAGAGUUGCACCGACACUCAUUUCGACAUCGUCGCAUUCUAUCAACCAUGACUCCAAAUUCCAAUCUGGUACUUUGGUCACCCCCAAAAAGACUUAUUUAAAGGACGAGAAGGUAACGAGAAAGCUUUCAAUGCCAAGUUAUAACUUACCGAAGUUUGGUGUACAAACUGCUGUGAAUCCAUAUUAUAUCAAGAAGACCUCAAUGAACGAGGAGGAGGAGGAAGAUGAAGGUGAUGAGAUUGCGUAUGAAGAAGCUGAAACACCAGAAGAACUGAUCACGAAACGUCGUCGUUUAACGACAAAGCAAAACGGACUCUUCAAAUUACGCACACCACCGGAUGAUUGCAAUAUCAUGGUUAAAUGUCUCUAUGACAUGAACGAUGAACGCAAACGUUCUACAAUGGAGAUUCUAAACCAAGAUGAACACAACGCUGAUGAUCCAAGUAUUAUAAUUGUUCAUCAAGAUGGAGAGCUCAUAUUUGAACACUAUGUUUCAGAUCGUGUGUUGGCCAUCACUGGUCAAUAUGAUAAAUAUUGGGCAUUGGCCACGGAUAAUGGGGCAUUGAUUACGUUUACACCGAGUGGGAGGAUCUUACAGCCUAGAAUUGAACUUGGAGCAAGCAUUUCUCAUAUAACUUCGAAGGAGAACGUUAUAAUGAUAGUGACUGAUGACUAUAUGGUUCAUUGUUUCGACAUCAUUAGAGGUAGAAGACUUCAUAAGAAAGUGUCGUUGGCACCGAUUUUGAACUAUGAUGAGGCAGUUGUUGGGAAAAAAUGCGAGCAAAACAAGAAACUAUUGGAUAUUGAAUUGCUUGAUAACCGAGUUGUUGUUUUCCUGAACAAUAAUGAUGUUUAUCUCUACGACUCUGACCUCAAGACAUGGACAAGAAUUCUUGAACAGUAUUACAACAGUUAUAACACUUAUGACGCCGUUUGGGUAGAUAGGUUAACGCCCCCAAGGGAACCCAUAACAAGCGGGGAGGAAAGGUAUAUCAACAAGCUCACCUUUUUGGAGAGUUAUGAAACGAUAAUGAAACGGUAUUUCAAGCAUGAUCCCCAGAGAUUGAAUGCGAUUACAAAGGAUAUUACAGAGCUGAUUAAGAGUGAUCUAACGUUAUAUUCACAAGUGAGAGGCAAUAAUUGA